AUGUCUUCACCAUUCACUGAAAGAGGAGUUGUCAAGUUGGAACAACCAAGACAAAGAGUAUUGGUCGAGAAACCACAAACUCAUGUUCAAGUCAAUGAAGGAAAGGAUACUAUUAAUAUUACUGAAAUGGGAUCUGAAAUUUUAAUCAGAGAGAAUGCUCCAUCUGUUGAAGUUUACCAAAAGACCAUUACUGCCGACGUGACCAUUCCACCAGCCCAAGUCGACAUUGAGCAACCAACUCCACGUAUUUUCCUCGAGCAACAAGCUCCCAUCAUCGACGUCAACACUGUCACUCCCAAGAUUGAGUUUAUUCAAAAGGAACCAAUUGUCCACGUCAACCAACCAAAGGCUCAAGUUGUCAUCAACCAACAAAAGCCAGAGGUCAAGAUCCAAUCUGCCAAGCCACAAAUCUCCAUUGCCAUGUGUGAGGCUCCAAAGAUCCAAGUAACCAACCAAGACCCAAUUAUCAAGUUGUUCAAGAGCGAGCCAAUUGUCCGUGUAUCUGAGCUCCAAGGCAAACCAGAAGUUAUCCUCCAAAAGACUGAAAACUGCACUCUCAACUGGAAGCCAUUCCAAGCUCCAAUCCUCACCGUCACCAAGGGUACUAUGGCCUCUACUCAAAACACUGUCAUCCUCCAAAAGGAAACCCGUCAAGUCGCUCAAGAGGUUCCAUUGACCAAGUUUGAAAAGCAAGAACCAGACUGGAUGAAGCAAAAGGAUUUCAAGACCACUGAAUUCCAAUCCUCAACCACCUAUGUUCCAGUCACUCAAUUAUAA